AUGAAGCGCCUCUCGGUUGCCCCGGCGCACAGCAACCUCGUAGGCAUUUAUAACGGGGAGGAGUUCGUCUUCGAGGAGAGCGGCUGGUACGUCGUCAACCUUCUCAAGCUCCUCUGGCACUACGGGCUCAACCCCCUGCGAAUGUACAUGUGGGUGGAGGACGUCCUGGACAAGUUCAUGCGGAUCUAUCGCUACCAGACGCACGACUACGCCUUCAGCAGCAACGAGCGCCUGCUUCACGCCCUCGGAGGGAACGACUUCACCCGCAUGCUGAACCAAACCAUCGACGAAGCCAUGCAGAAAGCCGGCUUCUCCCACAAGUUCAUAAACGAGGUGGUUUGUCCGGCCAUGAGAGUCAAUUAUGGGCAAGGCAUCAACAUCAACGGUUUCGUAGGUGCCGUUUCUCUGGCGGGGGUAGAAUCGGGCCUUUGGUCAGUAAAAGGAGGGAACAAACUCGUCUGCACCGGCCUUCUCUACGCCUCCAAAGCCGACGUUAUCCCCGGCACAGUUUUGUCUAUAGAGCCGAAAAGCAGACCCAGACCCACAGGGGACCCGGUGAAGCUCUACCAGGUCACUUACGACACUGCGUCGGGACUGACGGCGGAUACGUAUGACAUCGUCGUCAUCGCCGCUCCGCUGAGCCGCAAAAUAGCCAACAUCACCUUCAAGAACUUCGACCCUCCCGUCCCGGAGUUCCCGAAUCCUUACCACCAGACCGUCACGACGUUGGUGCACGGACGAUUAAACGCCUCCUUCUUCGGUUACCGGGACCCAUCCGCCUUUCACCUCGGUGCCAUCUUCACCACGGAGAAUCCCAAACUCUUCGUCAACAGCCUGGGGGUGGUGUCUCCCGUGGAAGACGCAGGCGGCGAAGGAAAGCCGCCCUCGCCAUCGGCCGUCUGGAAGGUGUUUUCAAAGGAGGCGCUCACCAAAGAGCAGCUCAGCUUGCUUUUCUCCUCCUACGACUCCGUCAAAGUGAAGAGGUGGUUGGCGUACCCCCGCUACAGCCCCCCAGAAAAAUGCCCUCCCGUCAUCCUCCACGACAAAAUCUACUACCUGAACGGCAUCGAACGGGCCGCGAGCGCCGUGGAGAUGAGCGCCAUCGCGGCCAAAAACGCCGCCCUGCUCGCUUACCACCGGUGGUACGGGAACAGCGACAGGAUCGACCAGGAGGAUUUGCACGAGAAGCUGAAAACGGAGCUCUGAGCCCCCGCGGAGCCGACGGCCGGCUGCUCGCCGGCGGGAGCGUCCACGCUACCACCUCCGGAGAUACCGGAGCCCGCGCCGCAGCUGUUUAGCCACAAUUAAAAGCUAACGAACGAGGAGCUCCUUGCUUAGCCCCUGAGGAAGAGGAGACACCCCGCCAACUCGGGACGGACUGGAACAGCAGCGAGAAGCUUUCCCCGAGUGAGCCGGCCCUUCCUCAAACAAACCCCUCCGUCUGUCCCCGCGCGAGAUUAAAGACUUUUAAAACGCCGUAUUGACCCCGAAAAUGCCCUUCCACGGCCGAACUCAGGAUCUGCGUCACUGUGAUUAACCCCCCCCGCACGUCGCUUUCCCUCUCCGGACGCGUUCCAGGCAG